ACUCGGAGCUGAGAGGAAGAUCUCGUAGAUCUGGACAGGGUGCGAGCAGGAGAAGCCCCUCCCCGCAGAUCAUUGCACUACUCGAUGGUCCUUUAAAUUUCAUUGUUGGAGAAGAAGCGACGCCCCAGCACGACACCCGACUUUUGUUCUCAUGGAAAUCAGACCCUGCCUCCCGGCCACACUUUCUGCAGAGAUGCAAAGUUGAAGCGCAUUCCCAGCCGGGUCACCACAUGGUAGCGAUGUGUUGGAGGAGCUGAUCGUUUCGUCUCCUCUGUUUGUCUGUGUUUCUUUUCCAGUUUUUGUUUGCACCGCGCUCUAAACUUUCCGACAUGCUGGAUUUGGCGCAGCGCGUUGUUUUGUGCACGCUCCUCGUCUCUGUUUACGCAUCGUGUCCUCCGCGCUGCGAGUGCUCAGAGGCGGCUCACACCGUGAAGUGCGUCUCCAAAGACCUGCGGAGUGUCCCGACGGGGAUACCAGGAUACACCAGGAAUCUGUUCAUAACUGGGAAUCAAAUCAGUCGAAUCGGUCCGGAGUCGUUCAAAGGACUCGAUAAUGUGACCAACCUGUCUCUAAGUAAUAACAGAAUUUCUGAGGUAGAGUCCCACACCUUUGCUGGACUCCGCAGCCUUCGCUCUCUGGAUCUGAGUAACAAUCAGUUGGCAGUUAUUCACCCCGAGGCCUUCACCGUGCUGAACCAGUCUCUGCGGGAGCUCAACCUGAGCCGAGCCCUCUACAACCACUCGUCAGUGAUGGACUUGGCCACGUCUCUCCGCUGGAGCUCCCUGGGGACCCUGCAGGGACUGGACCUGUCUGACAACAGCCUCAUCUAUUUUCCCUCCCAUAUCUUCUCCCACCUGAGCAACCUCCGGCGGCUCCAGCUGUCCAACAACUCCCUGGUGGCCAUUAACAACUCCACCUUCUCAGGUCUGGAGCACCUGGAGGAGCUUGACCUGACCCUCAACGCUCUCAAGACGUUGCCUGAGGAGGGCCUGCGAGAGUUGGACUCCCUGCCCAGAGCUGUACUUCUGCUGGGGGACAACCCGUUCACAUGCAUAUGUGGAAUCGAACCUUUUGCUCUGUGGCUCAACAGAUCACAGGGUCGCAUUCGAGAUGCCGAGGGCCUUGUGUGCGCCUUCCCAGCCAGCAUGAGAAACACAUCCAUGCUCGUUGUGGGCACGCUGACUCUGGGAUGUCAGCAGAGGGAUGCAGGGGGAGACCUUACUUUGCAGACCUCUUAUGUCUUCUUGGGUAUAGUCCUGGGAUUCAUAGGCCUCAUCUUCCUCUUUGUACUUUAUCUCAACCGCAAGGGCAUCAAGAAGCGGAUCUACGACAUGCGGGAUGCCUGCAGGGAGGUGUGGGAAGGCUACCACUAUCGCUUUGAGAUCGACUCUGACCCCAGGUUAUCACAGGUCUCCACGAGUGUUGAUGCGUGAGAGGACAGUGACCUCUGGUGCAUUCUCUUAGGACUCUUUUCUAUUGCUUUAAUCAGUAGAAAAAUGUAAAAACUGUACAGAUCUGUCUGUAAAUAUACAGAUAUUAACAAUCCUUCAGCCAUUCCCACUCAUACACCCAAUAUGCUCUCUUAAACAGAAGACCAAGAACUUCUUUGCUCUCUUGAGUCAGUUUGACAUUUCUUAUAUCGUUGCCUGCUAUUUAUGUCUUUACAAAAGCAACAGUAAGUGCCUAACGUCAGCAUUGUUUCUUUUUCUACAGGGCACACGUUCAGAUGUUGUCCUCAUAUUUAGCAUGUUAUAAAUUGCAACAAUAACAAUAACUACAAAAGCAAUCCUCUAAGAAAUUAACGCAUAAAUCACCCUUUCUCUUUGAACCAUUUCAAGCCCCUUGGUCUGUCCGUUCUUCAACCCCAGGGUGCCACAGUGAAAUUAAGCCUCCUAAAGCCUUACCAAGGCUCUCCUUAAAACCACCACUCUGUUCCUCUUUGGUUAUCGGAUUAGAAGGGGGAACAAUUCGAUGCGGACCAGCGGAAAUCUCCUAGCUCUCUCUUUUUUUUCAUGAAACGUUGCUUUGUUUCAACUCCUUGAGUUUUAUUGUCACAAUGAUGAGAACCAGUCCCGAGCUGAGGCCGCUGAAAGCAAUCCCCCUCCCUCCUUAAAGACAACAGCCCCUCUGGAAGCUCUUUGAAAGAAAAGUCUGGCUCUCCACAUUUUUCUGUUUAGGGAUUUUUCCCCCCACUGAUAAGAUACAGAUGAUUCUAAAACACCAGCUAUAUUGUUUCAUUCAGCAGUUUGCUCUGACCAGAUCCUUAUGAAAAGAGAGAGGAAUAUUGUUUCUCUACUACUUUCCUUUUACAGUGGGGUCUUUUAGUGGAAGUUCAUCUCUAGAAUCAAUUGAAAUCCAUGUCAAAAAUGUGUUUCUUAGCCAAACCAUUACAUUUGAGACACACAUUUAAACUGAAUCCAAAAUAUCACCUCAUUGUGAAAGAAUCCCAAGCAAAACAUGAUUGUCCUCUUUUAGCUUGAGUGUCGCAUGUCGCCCCUGUUUUUUAAAUGACUACAUGACAAAAGCAAUUUUCUUGGCCUUGCUGUGUCGCUGCAAAGUGAGACAAACACACUGAGGGGGGAUGCCAUUGCUCAGAGUGUUUAUUGCCCAAAUUGCUAGUGAAACGGGGAAAAGGGGCCCUGGAGUCAACUGAAGCCAAAGUCAAGAAGUUCCCCGCGCUCCUCUGAUAGUGAUCCACAAGUGUUUGUAACACAGAGCCAUUUACCGCAUGUGGAAUGACAAAAUAAAGCCUGAGGAAGUCAUGAUAUUUGUGUACUCAUUACCACAAAUGUCAUCUUUUGUGCCAUAGAAACUUCAGAAAUGAAUGUAUUGGUAAUGUUGGAUUAAACCAAGAAACAUAUUAAGCCAGACAUUUACUCGCAGAGGAGAAAACAAUUGAGGCUCAUGCCGACCCAAAGGAGAGACGUCCCAAAUAAGCUUUGUUUUCCAGCACAAAAAGAUGCCUUGUGAUGCUCAUCCGCUUUCUGCUUCCACAGACGACCAUUAUGCCACUGCGUAAUAGGAUUCUCUCAUGAUGACACAGUUGGGCGCUCUGAUCCAGCUAUUGGUAAAGUGUCAUCAUUCUUAAUAAUUGCCUGUGGGAGAAAAUCCCAGAAAAAGUUUUUUCAUUUGCUGUUACACAACAUGUCACAACCAGGGCAUUAAGCUGGCCACGGAUCAUCGGUGUCACCUGGCAGAGCAGAAAGAAGACAGAUCAUUUCCUGCAUGUCAUUACUUCCAUUUUCACUCAUUAAAGUGUGAAUUAGGAGCUGUGCCUUUUUCUUUAUUUUGGGGGGGGGGGGGGUCUUUUAUGAGCCUGGCUGUCUAAAAAAAUAUAUGGUCUGUUUGCUCUAGGCUGUGCAAGACUGUCUCAGCAGAAUACAAUGAAAAGAGAGGAUGCCUACAAAUACACCCAGACGUUCUACAUUACUCCCUGUGUAAAAGAGAGGCUUGUUAAAAACUGAAAAAUUGCUCCACUUACAAUGUUCUUUCAAACUGUU